UUGUGUUAGUAGGAAUAGUAGGUUAUGUCAGUGUGGAUAUGUGAGUCGUGUAGUGCGUAAAGUCUGUUCUUAACUUCAUCGACCUCUGAAUACUAUUAAAAUAUUAGAUCUGUUACAAUUUACAUAGCUGUACACUACUUAUAAGUUACUACAAAUCAUUGUGUUUUUUGCACGUUUUGUGAAACGGACUUGUAAAUAGCUUCAACGAUAUAAUUUACGUAAUAUUUGUGUUAAUAAUAAUUUAAAAAUGAUUUUUAAAUAUGUAUUUUACGCUGUAAUAAUAGGAGUAGCUCAAAGCCAGUUCACUGAACCAUCUAUAUCUGAUGCAUUGGAUUCGCUGCCACCAGAGCUACAAGGAAAAAUUGAUGAAGCACAAAUUGAAGCUAUACAGAACAAGUCGUCAGAAGUUUUCAAAGAGAAAUGUGAGAAAAAUGGAGGUCUACAUGCCUUUGAUAAUGCUGAGCGCGCCUUCAAGGAAUUCUCCAAAUGUGUGCAAGCACUUGUGUCACCCAAUCAACUGCAGAAGGAGAUAGAAGAUGCAAAACCCAACGGCCAGGUCGACGAGGUCUUCAAAAAAUACUGCGAUAAGACUCCAUCCUUUAAGAGCUGCUUCCAUAAUAUGACAGAAGUGGCACAGGAAUGCUUAUCUGAAGAAGAACGAGGCAAUGUAAAAAUUAUUCACAAUAUCUCUGAGCAACUCGCCGAGUUUAUAUGCUUUAAGGAAGGCGACAGAAUUGCUUUGUUUAUAUCCGAGAAUGGGCCUGAGUGUAUCCAAGAAAAGCAAGAAGAUAUCAGAUCAUGUGUGAACAGCACAGUUGGAAGUGAAAUCAACUUUGAUCAGAACAACAUCACUGCUGACAGCCUUCCCUUGAUCUCUUUUGGCAAAAGAGAAUGCACGAAAUACAUCGAGCUGCAGAAGUGUGUAGUGUCUGCUCUUGAGACUUGCUCCGCCCCUACUUCUGCCAAUAUUGUGGAAGCUCUGUUCAAGUUCGUCCUCAAGGCGACUCCGUGCAGAGACAUGAUUGUAAAGAAGAGACGCACUCCUCACGUCAGAGAUGAAAAGAAGGAUCCUAAUUCAGCUAAUGGAAUUGUAGUAAGCAGCAUUUCUCUGACUGCGCUUAUUAUAACAGCUCUCAUGUAAUUUAAUUGCUAUUGGGAACGACCGGGAUAAUGUACCAUUCUCAAGAUA